CUUCAGCCUUUCUCUCCUCAUUCUUUCCUUUGCUCUUUCUUUCCUCUCUCCCUUCUUUCCUUUACCCUCACGUCUGUAACCCUCUUCAUCUUUCGCCCUUCCUGUGUCCCAUCACACGUCGACGCAUAGUACCAACUUUCUCACUUUUUGCCAACAGGAGAGUCUUAACCUCUCCUUCAUAUCCUGUGUCUCUCUCUGGUCAAUGUCCUCGUACUUUUUCCAGAACGGAACACACAUUGGUCGCGACGUCGAUAUACCCCUCUCCUCCGCUAUCUUCUCUGCCAGUCCCCUCGGUCAGCAGCAGCUUGCUCUCCAUUGAACAGUCUUUCUUAUCAUCGUAAAGAGCACCUUCUCGUCUUCCACUUCGAAACUCUUUUUUUAUCCAAUCUCUGAAAGUGACUGUUUGACUCGAAAUGGAUGUCGUCAGAAUCACCCAGGCCUUGAGACAGCAGAGUCAGACCGCUCGACUGAGCCCGACCCGAGGCGGAACCAACACCCUGUCCUCUGCCACAGAAUCCACCCAAAACGAAGCAGUCUCCAUCCGCCGAGGCAAUUGGGACAGCAGCCUCACUUUGAACACCUCUGCGCUGGCACAGGGGAACACACAUUAUAUGGAGCAGGACUCUACAACAACCCCAACAUCUGCUGCACCAUCAUCAGCUUCGCCUUUGUCAUCAUUUUUUUCCCUGCCGAGCUCCUUCUCCUUAUCGUCGUUCUUGCCAUCAUCCGCCACAGAGGGAUCGAGCUUCUUCACGGGAGGCAGCAGUGCUGCUGCUGCUGCUGCUGCUACCAGCGGUCCAUCCAACAUGGGCGAAAUUGAGUCGCUCUUGCUCCGCUCGAUGCCCAUGUUUGGCAACCUUGUUUCCAGAGAUUAGGAGGCCAGGUGCUAUACCUCAUGUCUGUACAAUAUUAUUUUUUUCUGUCUUUGUGCUUUAUCUCCAACAUCUGUACCAAAUCCACAUCUUUGUAUAUAGUCCAUUCUUCACCAAUCCCGAAAUAAAAACAGC